AUUGAAACGCUGCUUCUGGGCGAAUUUGUAGGCGAGACGCUGCCUCUGUGUGGCCUGGGUACCAAUCCAUAAUGUGUCAAUCAUAAAUGCACAAUGAUUCACAGUGACGAAUUUGGCAUCGACGAUGACGAUACCGCGUGGUUGGAUGCUGCCACUCAGUUGGAGGCCUCCCAAGCCGUCUUUCACCCUUCACCAAGACCUUCCAAGCGGCGCAAAACGUCGCCCACAGCGGACGAGAGCGAUGUCGAAUCCGACGAUAGCUACUACCUCCCAGGAGAGCUGGAGCGCGUAGAUGUCGCCAAGAACUCAAAGCACAAGAUCCAUGUCCACGAAGGCCAGGGUGACUUUGCUGACGUGGUCGUAACUCAAACGCAACACGAUCUCGAUGACGAUCCAACAGCCAUUAGGGGACCGAUCUGGAAACGACCAGCGCCACUCUCAGUCCUGGCUAGAGCGCAGAACAAUGCACUGUUGCGACAAGCACAUACCCUUAACAGCGCAAAGCCUCUCAACAAUGGAAUUAAGAACUUCCUUCAGGCAAAAUCUUCCGCGGUACUUCGCGCCGAGCCCGAGAACGAUGCUUCUGUGGCUGCGCGGCUCCAGGAAGAAGAAAACCAAAGAUUUCGGCAUGGGCAACUUCACACACCCGUUUCAAGACCGCCGAGCUUUUCCGUUGUCGAUCUAUCUGAAGAUCUUGCAGAUUUACCCCCAGGUGCAUUCUCAUCCUCGGCCUCUGAGCAGCCAGCAGUGACAGAGAUAGCAUCACGUACGAUCACUGGUCACAAUCAGAUUCGAAACGCGGGUGUAGCACUUCGUGGUCCGCAGACGGGCUUGAAGCAGACCACUCUGAACGGUCAAAUGGCGACACAGGAUAUCACUGCUUCUCAGGCAGCCAAGAAAAGACACGCCUGGCCCUUGAAAACGAAAGAAGAGCCACCCACUCAUCACAAACUUGAUACGAAGGCGAUGGAGACCUGGGUAUAUCCUACCAAUCUUGGCACAGUUCGCGAUUAUCAGUUCAACAUUGUGGCACGCAGCUUGUUCCAUAAUACGCUUGUCGCACUUCCUACCGGCUUGGGAAAGACUUUCAUCGCAGCGACCGUCAUGCUGAACUACUAUCGAUGGACGACGAGUGCUCAGAUUGUAUUCAUGGCGCCCACCAAACCACUCAUCGCUCAGCAAAUGGAAGCAUGCUACGGCAUUGUCGGCAUCCCGCGACGUGACACUGUGCUCAUGACCGGUGAGACGGCGCCUGGUAGACGGACUGAUGAGUGGCUUGAGCGCCGCGUUUUCUUUAUGACUCCUCAGACAGUUAUCAACGACCUUAAGACUGGUAUCUGCGACCCAAAGAGGCUAGUACUUCUUGUCGUCGACGAAGCCCACAAAGCCACGGGUGCCUUCGCAUACACAGAGGUGGUCUCGUUCGUACGUCGAUUCAAUCCGAGUUUUCGAGUACUCGCGCUUACGGCGACCCCUGGAUCCACAGUCGAGACCGUUCAAGCGGUUCUCGACAACCUCGGAAUUGCGCGUGUUGAACUACGCACCGAGCAAUCAAUAGAUAUCCGACCAUACACUCAUGAGAAGCAAACGGACAUAGAAGUUUUCGAUUAUAGCGAUGAGCAAGACCGAAUCAUGGAACUGUUCACGAAGGCGCUGCGGGAUACGGUCAACAAGCUGAAAUCCCAUAAUGCAUAUUUCCAAGGCGACCCAAUGCAGUUGACCGCUUUCGGGCUCACCAUGGCGCGAAAGAAAUGGAUGGCCACGGAUGCGGGUCGCAAAGCCCCCAAACCGAUUCAAGGCAUGAUCAAUGCCGCUUUCCAACAGCUUUCGAAGCUCGCUCACGGCAUCGGCCUUCUCAAAAAUCACGGAAUCAAACCAUUCUACGUCAAUGUGCACGAGUAUCAGAAAAGUGUGCAAUCCGGACAAGAGAAGGGCAAAACAGCGUCGGCUAUCGUGAACUCGGAAAGCUUUACCACGAUGAUGAACACCGUCCGAACAUGGACCAGCAAUCCCGAUUUCAUCGGACACCCGAAAUUGGAGUAUUUGCGGGAAGUUGUUUUGAAUCAUUUUCUGGAUGCCGGCGAAGGCCGACAGGGCAGUGAUGUUCCCUCAAGUGCCACAAGGAUCAUGAUCUUCGCCAGCUAUCGUGAUAGUACGGAGGAAAUCUGCCGGGUUCUCAAGCGAAACGAACCAAUGAUCCGCCCUCACGUUUUUGUUGGUCAAGCUGCUUCGAAUGGGUCUGAAGGCAUGGACCAAAAGCGACAAAAUGCCGUAAUACAAGACUUCAAAAGCGGCAAGUACAACACACUGGUUGCUACGUCGAUUGGAGAAGAGGGUCUCGACAUCGGAACGGUAGAUCUCAUCAUUUGUUACGAUUCGUCUUCAUCUCCAAUUCGCAUGCUGCAGAGAAUCGGCCGUACAGGACGCAAGCGGCUGGGCCGUGUUGUGCUCCUGCUAAUGAAAGGUAAAGAAGAGAAUGAUUACGCGAAGUCGCAGGACAAUUAUCUUUGGAUUCAAAAGACGAUUGCAGACACAUCUCGAUACACGUUCCAUGACGAACAGAGUCCGCGCAUCCUGCCGAAAGACGCGAAGCCCACUGUGGAUAAGCGUCCCGUCGAGAUUCCAGUCGAGAACAGCCAACCUGUCGAUCUAAACGAGAAGGGAAAGAGGGGAAAGGGUAAGACGAAGCGUCCUCCGAAAAAGUUCCACAUGCCUGAUGGAGUGCGAACGACCUUUGUACGGGCGUCGAAGCUUAAUUCAGAUGAUGAUAGCGAAGAAGGCAUAGACGUCAACAGCAAUGUCCCAGCGACCACAAAGGCUCGACUAAGCAAAUCUACAUCAACCUUGAAAAAUGCGCAGCCAAUAUCACCUAAGCCAGAACCUGCACCCUUACCCUUCAUGGGCGACGUUCUGCUCUCUUCGAUUCAGCUUGACGACUGGCGACAGAAAUAUGCCCAGACUUUACAUAAUGACAAGGAUGACACGAUUCAUGUGCCAGGCCUAUCUAAUUCCACGAGCCAGCUCCGCAGACUUGGUCAAACAAAAUUCAUUCCGCAUCGUCGCGCUAUCAUCGUCCAAAGAAUGAUGCUCAGCAUACAGGCCAUUGAUGACGAUCGAGUGGACCGCAUGCACGAUAUACUGGACUCAAGCCUACUUGAAAGCUCUGGUGCAGCCAACUACAGGCUCUGUGAUCCCGAUUCAACUACCAAUGGAAAGAUCAUAGCACAAGCUUCAUCAGCUGGCGUACGAACUGAGCUUCCAUCUGGACGACCGACGACCAAGAUAGAUGCGCAGAAGACAGCGCCAAAAGCAGCAACUAAAGCAGCACCCAAGGUAGCACCCAAGGCAGCACGUAAGGCAGCACCCAAAGCUGCAUCCAAAGCUACAUCAAAAGCUAGCGCCGUGAAACCAAUUAGACCUCCGAAGGCCCAAGCGACCGCCGCUAGUGAAAAUGCUCAAACUGCUAGAGGAAGACCAAGGAAAGCUGCGUCUCCAAGGCCUCUCAUGACAUACCAUUCCUCCGCCCAAGAGGGCGAUGAAUCAAGCCCAGAGCCGACGCCGGCAGAUAUGCGCAUCGGCACGCAAGGCAUCGACCUUGGAUCGCGAGACACGAGUGGCGAGGACAACGACGAAGACGACUCUGAUAGCGAACUUGAUGGCUUCAUUGCGAAAUCAAGCGACCCAAUCGAGAUGGCAAGCUCUUCGCAAGACGGCCUACCUCGUCGGAGGAAGCAUAUGGGCCUGAAGAGAAAAGUGGCUCCUGCUAGAAGCGCAUUAAGUGACGUAGAGGAGAUUGACUCGGCUAAUUCCUGCUCUGAUGCUUCCGGCGCAGAGCUCCCUGUCGUGAGCAAAGGGAAGAAGAAAAGAAUUGUCGAGGAUAGUGAAAGCGACGAGUAGUUUGGAGUAUUUACAGCUGGUAUUGACUCUGGGUCUGUGAAAUAAUAUCAAUUCACGAGUUGCUCGCGGGCG